AUGGGGGUUCCGGGAUUGGCAGGUUUACCAGGACUUUCUGGGGCACCAGGCCUUAGGGGCAACAUUGGUUUUCCCGGAGACAUGGGAAGAAGUGGGGCAGACGUGAGUAUCAUUGUCAGGAGCUUUUCCUGACCCUGUGAGCUGAUCAGAAAAAGCUAUAUUUUUACAUAACCUUUAUUUUGACAGGGUCAUGCUGAGACCAAGAUCUCUUUUACAGAUGAGCCCUGUAUACACAUCAAUUCACAUCAAUAUACACUAUACACAUCGAUAUACAGUGCAAUUCGGAAAGUAUUCAGACCCCUUGACUUUUUCCACAUUUUGUUACAUUACAGCCUUAUUCUAAGAUGUAUUGAAUAGUUUUUUUUUUCCCUCAUCAAUCUUUUAUUUUUAUUAAUUUUUAUUGAACCUUUAUUUAACUAGGCAAGUCAGUUAAGAACAAAUUCUUAUUUACAAUGACGGCCAACACAAUCUACACAAAAUACCCCAUAAUGACAAAGCAAAAACAGGUUUUCAGAAAUGUUUGCAAAUGUAUAUAAUAAAAAUAAAAAAUAAACGGAAAUAUGACAUUUACAUAAGUAUUCAGACCCUUUACUUUGUUGAAGCACCUUUGGCAGCGAUUACAGCUUAGAGUCUUCUUGGGUAUGACGCUACAAGCUUGGCACACCUGUAUUUGGGGAGCUUCUCCCAUUCUUCUCUGCAGAUCCUCUCAAGCUCUUGUCAGGUUGGAUGGGGAGCGCUGCUGCACAGCUAUUUUCAGGUCUCUCCAGAGAUGUUUGAUCAGGUUCAAGUCCGGGCUCUGGCUGGGCCACUCAAGGACAUUCAGAGACUUGUACCGAAGCCACUCCUGCGUUGUUUUGACUCUGUGCUGUUGGAAGGUGACCCGUUGCCCCAGUCUGAGGUCCUGAGCACUCUGGAGCAGGUUUUCAUCAAGGAUCUCUCUGUACUUUGCUCCGUUCAUCUUUCCCUCGAUCCUGACUAGUCUCCCAGUCCCUGCCGCUGAACAAUAUCUCCACAGCAUGAUGCUGCCACCACCAUAGGGAGGGUGCCAGGUUUCCUCCAGACGUGACGGUUGGCAUUCAGGCCAAAGAGUUCAAUCUUUGUUUCAUCAGACCAGAGAAUCUUGUUUCUUAUGGUCUGAGAGUCCUUUAGCUGCAAUUUGGCAAACUCCAAGUGGGCUGUCAUGUGCCUUUUACUGAGGAGUUGCCUCUGUCUGGCCACUCUACCAUAAAGGCGUGAUUGGUGGAGUGCUGCAGAGAUGGCUGUCCUUCUGGUAGGUUCUCCCAUCUCCACAGAGGAACUCUGGAGCUCUGCCAAAGUGACCAUUGGGUUCUUGGUCACAUCCCUGAUCAAGGCCCUUCUGACCCGAUUCCUCAGUUUGGCCGCGCGGCCAGCUCUAGGAAGAGUCUUGGUGGUUCCAAAGUUCUUCCAUUUAAGAAUGAUGGAGGCCGCUGUGUUCUUGGGGAAUUUCAAUGCUGCAGACAUUUUUUGGUACCCUUUCGCAGAUCUGUGCCUCGACACAAUCCUGUCUCGGAGCGCUACGGACAAUUAAUUCGACCUCAUGGCAUGGUUUUUGCUCUGACAUGCACUGUCAACUGUGGGACCUUUUAUAGACAGGUGUGUGCCAUUCCAAAUCAUGUCCAAUCAAUUGAAUUUACCACAAGUGGACUCCAAUCAAGUUGUAGGAACAUCAAGGAUGAUCAAUAGAAACAGGAUGCACCUGAGCUGAAUUUCUAGUCUCAUAGCAAAGGGUCUGAAUACGUAUGUAAAUAAGGUAUUUCUGUUUUUUAUUUUUAAUACAUUUGCAUGAAUAUCAAAAAACCUGUUUUUGCUUUGUCUUUAUGUGGUAUUGUGUGUAGAUUGUUGAGGACAUUUUUUCAUUUAAUCCAUUUUCGAAUAAGGCUGUAACAUAACAAAAUGUGGAAAAAAGUCAAGGGGUUUGAAUACUUUCCGAAUGCACAUCAAUAUUCACAUCAAUACACAAAAAGCUAAACACAAUCAUAGAAAACAAACACACUCUUCAGUAAAAAGGUCCUCAAUCAGCCUUUUGAAUUGUCCUAGAGGCACCAAUUCAUCCCAUUUUUUAGAGCCUUGGAUAUUAUUCCACAAGUAAAGUGCAGAAAUACUAAAAGCAGAUUUACCUAACUCAAUGGAGAUCGAAGGGAUCUCCAGUGUUAGCCAUCCCUGAGACUGGGUCUGCUAUCUCGUACGUCUGUAAGUUAACACUGAAGAAAGGUACGGCAGAACUUUAUAAACUAAAAGAGUGCAAUGCAUCGAUCUACAAGACUUCAAAGAAGGCCAGCCUACUGAUACAGAAUGCAGUGAUGUGUACUGAACCUAUCGGCCUUAGUAAAGCUGCUUCCAAUGGCUUCAAUACAGUGGCAGCUGCAUUCAUAUAGAGAAUAUCGCCAUAUUCUAUUACCAGUAUGAAUGUUGACUGAAUUAUUUGUUUUCUGCUAUUAAAUGACUGGCAUGACCUAUUCCUAUAAAGGAAGCCCAUUUUAAUUCUUAAUUUCUUAACUAACUCAUCAACAUGCUUUUUGAAAGAUAUAUUUUCAUCAAUCCAGAUACCCAGAUAUUUAUAAGUGGGGACACGAUCAAUGAGGGCACCAUCCAAUGUAAAUAUGCAUAAAUCAUCAGAUACAUUUUUACGUGAUUUGGAGAAUAACAUAUACUUGGUUUUACCUGCAUUAAAUACCAAUUUCAUUUCAACAAAGGCUUUCCGCAAAGCAAUAAAAACAGAUUGAAGCUCCGAAAGAGUGAGGUCAACCGUGGGGGCAAUAGCAUACACAACAGUGUCAUCUGGAUACAGGUGUAUGUUAAUUUUUUUUUGCAGAUAGACCAACAUUGUUCAUAUAGACAGUAAAAAGUACAGGACCUAAAAUGGAUCCCCGUGGGACACCUUUCUUAAUUUCAAGGAAACCUAACUUAACACCAUCAGAAAAAACACAUUGUGUCCUAUCUGUCAAGUAAUUUUCUAACGAAUUAAAUGACGCCUGAUCUAUACCGAUUGCAGACAAUAUUUUAAUCAAUAAAGAGGGGUCAACUCUUCAAUAAGUCAAUAAAGAGGGCAGCACAGUGCCGAGUCAGCUUUUUUAGCCUUGGCCCUGAUUUCUUAAUCAGGUCUGAAAAUUGUAUGGAGAACCAAGGAUUUGUUCUAUUUUUAACUGUAAGGCAUUUAAAGCAGGCAUGUUUGUCUGCCAGAGAUAUAACAAUAGAUGAGAAAAGUUCAAGAGCCAAUUCAGGCUCAGCCAUGCAACUGAUAGAGAAGUAAAAUAUUGUUUUUAUCUAUCUUCAUAAUUAUAUGAGGAUCAAUGUUUUGAUGUUUGGUGUCUCUAAUACAUACAAUAGGAAAGUGAUCACUGAUGUCAUUAGCAAAGACACCACUCAAUAAGUACUUGUGGGGGCUAUUUGUCAAAAUUAGGUCAAUCAGAUUAGUUGAGUCAGGUUAAAGUCAGAACAAAUAUUUUUCAAAUGAUCAGAGGCCAGGGUAAGCCAAUUAAAGUCAAAACCUCAUAAAAUAACUAAUUCAAAUGACAGAAAAGGUUUACAAUAUUCAGAAAUAGUAUCAACAGCAUCCGUCAGUGCAGCAAGGGGGCAAUAAAUCCCUACUAUAACCCAAACACUCAAACUUUUGGGGGAUAGUGACACUUAGAGAACAUGAUGCCAGGAGUCGAUUUCACAUAUGUGGCCACCCCUCCCCCCUUUUCAGUCUAUCACACCUGAAGAUAUUGUAAUCAUUUCAUUGUCCUUAUCCAUGAUUGAACCCUUGAGCCAGGUCUCCGUGAGAACCAGAAUAUCAGGGCUCAUAUCAUGCACCCUAGGCCCUAGGUGCAGUACAGUAAGCAAGAUUUGGUUGCAUUUUAGUGGGCUCCCUCUUGACGGUGGAGAGAAAAAUUGUGCAGCUUUAAAGUGAACGUCCUGCAAUUCGCAGGGCCCUAUAGGCAGAGGCACCUCUGGGACAACUUCUGCCCAACCAUAAAUGAUCGUAUAGUUGCAAUGCUUAGCCAAGGCUAUACACAACAAACAGAACCAGGCUAAUGUUGAGUUGAUUCAAAUUAUUUUUUCAAUUUUAUAGGGCUUCCCAGGAUUUGCAGGUGUCCGGGGUCCAAAAGGUCAGAAAGGUGACUUCUAUCUAUGUAUUAAAGGUAAGGGUGACUUUUCGUUUGUCGAUGUGAACAUUCUAUCUUGCCAUUGGAUGUAUUUAUACUGAACCAAAAUAUAAACGCAACAUGUAAAGUGUUGGUCCCAUGUUUCAUGAGCUGAAAUAAAAGAUCCCUGAAAUUUUCCAUACGCACAACAAGCUUAUUUCUCUAACAUUUUGUGCAGGAAUUUGUUUACAUCUCUGUUAGUGAGAAUUUCUGUCUGUAAUGAAGCCCUUUUAUGGGGAAAAAAUCAUUCUGAUUGGCUGGGCCUGGCUGCCAAGCGGGUGGGCCUAUGCCCUCUCAAGCCCACCCAUGGCUGCACCCCUGGCCAAUAGUGAAAUCCAUAUAUUAGGGCCUAAUGAAUUUAUUUAAAUUGACUGAUUUCCUUAUAUGAACUGUAACACAAAAAUAAAAAACAUAAAUACCUUAUUUACAUAAGUAUUCAGACCCUUUGUAUGAGACUCGAAAUUGAGCUCAGAUGCUUCCUGUUUCCAUUGAUCAUCAUUCAGAUGUUUCUACAACUUGAUUGGAGUCCAACUGUGGUCAAUUCAAUUGAUUGGACAUGAUUUGUAAAGGCACAAACCUGUCUAUAUAAGGUCCCACGGUUGACAGUGCAUGUCAGAGCAAAAACCAAGCCAGAAGGAAUUGUCCGUAGAGCUCCGAGAUAGGAUUGUGUCCAGGCACAGAUCUGGGGAAGGUACAAAAAAAAUGUCUGCAGCAUUGAAGUUCCCCAAGAACACAGUGGCCUCCAUUUUUCUUAAAUAGAAGAACUUUGGAACCACCAAGACUCUUCCUAGAGCUGGCUGCCCAGCCAAACUGAGCAAUCGGGGGAGAAGGGCCUUUAUCAGGGAGGUGACCAAGAACCCAAUGGUCACUCUGACAGAGCUCUAGAGUUCCUCUGUGGAGAUGGGAGAAACUUCCAGAAGGACAAGCAUCUCUGCAGCAAUCCACCAAUCACGCCUUUAUGGUAGACGGAAGCCACUCCUCAGUAAAAGGCACAUGACAGCCCACUUGGAUAUUGCCAAAAGGCAACUAAAGACUCUCAGACCAUGAGAACAAGAUUAUCUCGUCUGAUGAAACAAAGAUUGAACUCUUUGGCCUGAAUGCCAAGCGUCACGUCUGGAGGAAACCUGGCACCAUCCUUACGGUGAACCAUGGUGGUGGCAGCAUCAUGCUGUGGGGAUGUUUUUCAGCGGCAGCGACUGUGAGACUAGUCAGGAUCGAGGGAAAGAUGAAUGGAAUUAAGUACAGAGAGCUCCUUGAUGAAAACCUGCUCCAGAGCACUCAGGACCUCACACUGGGGUGAAGGUUCACCUUCCAACAGGACAACGACCCUCAGCACACAGCCAAGACAACGCAGAGGUGGCUUCGGGACAAGUCUCUGAAUGUCCUUGAGUGGCCCAGUCAGAGCCCGGACUUGAACCCGAUCGAACAUCUCUGGAGAGACCUGAAAAUAGCUGUGCAGCGACGCUCCCCAUCCAACCUGAGAGAGAUUGAGAGGAUCUGCAGAGAGGAAUGGGAGAAACCCUCCAAAUACAGGUGUGCCAAGCUUGUAGCAUCAUACCCAAGAAGACGCGAUGCUGUAAUCUUUGCCAAAGGUGCUUCAACAAAGUACUCAGUAAAGGUUCUGAAUACUUAUGUAAAUGUAUUAUUAUUAUAUUUUUUUUUUUUGGGGUGGGGGUUGUAUAUAAAUUAGCAAAAAUGUCAUUAUGGGGUAUUUUGUGUAGAUUGAUAAGGGAAAAAAACGAUUUAAUCAAUUUUAGAAUAAGGCUGUAACGUAACAAAAUGUGGAAAAAGUCAAGGGGUCUGAAUACUUCCCGAAGGCACUGUAUAAUGAAAUGAGGUGGAUAUAAAUAGUUUCGGGGGGAGAAUAUUAUUUUGGGACCAUCAGGUGACUUCCUGAUGACUGAUACACUGAAUGUCCUGAGAACGCCGUAAAAACAUCCUGGCCUGGUCCUCAAUGACAGAGGGAACUCUAGGCAAAAGACUCCUAGAUCUAGAGAACGGCACGCUGGGAUAAUGUCUUGUCAAAACCCUAAAAGGGACCUAAUGGGAAGGUCACCAAAUGUCCUUAGGAUGUCCCCUGUCUGCUGGGAAGGCUUGUAAUACUCACUAUUUUAUUCUAUCUCUGUUGAGGUAUGAAUCUUUUUGUGCGCUGUUAUGCAGUACAGUGCAGCGUUUUCCCGGAUUUAUUUUGACCACUGGAUGUGAGUUACAAUGUAAGCGUGUAAAGCCUGGUUGGUUUCUAGGUGUGAAGGGAUACAUCGGCCCCCUGGGGCCGGCUGGUCGUCCAGGCUUCACUGGGAGGAGGGGAGACGAAGGGAAGCCGGGUCCACCUGGUGACACCGGCCCAGAGGUGAGUCUACCAAGGUCAUUAAGGUCACCAAAAGCCAUAUUCAAACUGUUACUGAUUUAGUUACAUACAGAAGGAACUGGAACUAGGAGUCGGGCCUUAAGCAUGGAUCUAAUGUUUCUUUAAGAUGCCUAAAUCCUCAUCAUAAUGAUAGUAACCUCAACAUGUCGGGGCCAUACUUAGUUAAACUGGUAAACUUGGCCACCAGAGGGAGAUUCUAAAACCUCCAACUUCAAGGUUUACUUUGUUACUCUUGGUCUGCAACAAGAAGUGAAGUGUGCCAAUAUUUAUUGCCUGAUGCAUCCUUGACUAGGCUAGCCAACUAACAUUAAACAAAAUUCAAAAGAGACGUUUUCGCAUACACAUGUAUGACCAGAUUCCACGUUUUUGCCUGUUCGUUUCACAAACAUCCAUGUAAUUUCACAGGAAUAAAGAUGUAGGAGAAUUAUACAACAUGUAAGUUUGUAUUCAUACAUCGUAAAAAAAAAAGUGGCAGAUGCUCGUGGUCUUGUCAAAUAGCUGUAAUUUACCCCUUACUGCUAUAACUAACUGGCGGCGGUAAGCCCAGAGAUGGCAAGAUACGAUGACUGUGAGUUUGAAAUCCACUCGGGCAAGGUUUUUCUUUGAGGAAAAAACACUCCACUGCUGGUCCUCGAGUCAAAUAAUGCAUAUGUGACAAAGUAGAUGAUUGUUAAAAUACAUAUAAAAUGUUGUACGCCUACAUUUAGGUGUACAUGUCCAUGUAAUAUAGCCUAUGCUAAAUGAUUAUUAGGCCCUAGCAGUCUACAAGGCUGAAGGAAGACGUGGCUCCUUAUUAAAUUCAUUUUUUGUUAACAGACACAAUCAUUCUGACCAGCUGGUCGUACUUAGCAUAGUGGCUAAUUGUGCCAGGUUUGCCUAUGAGAAAAUCUAGCAGCUAGCCAAUUUAGACCAAAGGUCUAAACCUCCCGCCUAAGCAAAAGUUUGCGAGUAUGGACUUGUCUAGUCUAAGGCUGCGUUUCAAACACAUAAAAGACACACCCUCCUCCACUUACCCUCGCCUAAUGCCCUUGGGGGAAUACCCACGGCCAUCUUUGCCGUCGGUCCAAACAAUUACCCAAGCAAGGAAAGUUGGCAACGUAAGCCCCUCAGCCCUCGUUUUUGAUCGAGUGUGCGAGUGUACAAUUUUGUUCACUCCAGGGCCUGAAACGCCCCAUAAUUCAAUUUGCGAUGAUUGUACAUCCACUAAGAAAAGUCAGCCAAAACUUAAAACCAACAUCAAUAUGGAGAAGUCAACAUACAAGUGUAAGUAAAAAUGAAUGUAAAUAAGUUAGAAAUUGUGCUACUAAUGCACAUGACGCCACAAACACGUAUCGUAAAAGUAAUGAUUGUUUGGUUAGCUUUUGGAAAUGUUAGCUAGCGCAUACAAUCACACUUAUACGUUGUAAUUUUCGAUUGACCUGAUAUCGUCGGAUGGCUACUAUUCAAUGAUGCGGAUGUGUUGUCUUCUAGCCAGGAUAUGAAAUAUAAUCAUAAUUGACUGUAGCGUAUAUAACGCACACACAACAGCUGGUUCCAUGAUGACUGAAAACAUAACCGUGGGACGAAUGAGUGACGAAUAUCCGGGCAAGAGCGGUCCAUUUAAAAUUAAUUAAUUCUUCCCUCGCCCCUUGCCCUGCAAGAGUCAACUCAUCAUACGUCAUGAUACGUCAUCAGAAGUGUCCACUUAAUUUGAGGACUGAGGGGAGAGCGUGUGUCUUUACGUGUUUGGAAUGCAGCCUAAGUUUGAUUGGUUCCACUCAGGGUGACAGUUACUCAGGAUUCCCCGGUGAGAGAGGGUAUCCAGGUUAUGACGGACCAAAGGGGCUUGCUGGACCCGUCGGCCCCCCAGGACCUGAUGUGAUUGGGGCAGUGGGGGAACGGGGACUCCCAGGCGACCAGGGACCUCCAGGAUUCAGGGGACCUCUUGGGCUCAAAGGAGUAAGGGGUAAGGAGCUUGUCAGUGUGUGUGAAACACGAAGACAUUAUUUGGUUUCUGACUUUUGUAUUGACAGGUCAGGGUUGGAAAUCAGCAUUUAUUACUGUUAGUUAUUAAUUACCUAUUUAUUAGUUAUUUGUGUGUAUGUAUUACUGGAUGAAGAGUGGUAGAUGAACAAAAGAGAUGCAUGCACACUCAAUUACAACCUUGGAGUAAACUCAAACAACCCUUCAUGACAAAAGAUAACAUUAUUUAAGAAGCGCUUUUAAAACAUAAGCCAUCCUGUUUGUCCUCCUCACCCCAUCCCAUGCCGCCGCUCUCUUGUUCAGGUGACACCCUACCCUGCAUACCCAGUAACCCUGGUGCCCCAGGACAGAAAGGCGAUGCCGGAAGCCCAGGUAAAAAACAUACAGAAACUCCAGCACACUGUGAAA